UCGCGUAGGCACGCCUUUACAUAUGUGCAUACUCAUGUUCAAAAGACAACACCCUUCUUCCUCUCCCUCGUCCGAGCCCGGCUUCGUCGCGCCGCCCACGUCGGUGGGCUCCGGCGCCUCCACGAGCUGCACCCGAUGGUCCAGCAGCUCCGCAGGGUCCCUUUCUUCCUCUAAGCCGCAAGAUCGACACCAGGGAGCGCCCACGACGCCUCCCGUGCCGUUCCCCUUGUCGGGAUCCGCCACAGCCAUCACCGUCGUCCAGCCGCUCCGGUCCACCCCGCGCUUCCCCGAGCACACCACCGAGCUCCGUGAUGACAGAGCCCAGGAGAUGGCGGAUCUCGCGAACGACUACUACCCCGACAUAUCCUACUACUUCAUGGAGGCCGCUGGCAACGAGGAGUAGUUCGGAGGCUCCCAUGCAGGAGGCCUUGCCUCUUCGAUCCAUGUUAUGUUUGUGCUAGCCUUCUUAAGGCAAAACUUGUUGACUUAUGUAUCUACUCAGAUAUUAUUUGCUUCCGCUGACUUGUGUGUUUUCGAGCUUAUGUAUUCGAGCACUCGUAGCCUCUGGCCUAUAAUAUGAAGCUUGUAUGACUUUAA